UCUCUUUGGGACGGUUUAGGUCCGAUUGGACCACCCAGUGGCAAAAGUAUUGGCUGCGGUCUCGGAGCAUCCAGACUGCACGUCCAUAUCGUCGCAACGUUGGCUCCUCCUCCUGGAGUCCAGAUGUCUUAAAGAUGCUGAAGUUGAGAAACAUUGCUCUAAAUUAAACAAGACAGUAGCAAUACUGUAGUGUGAUUUUAAGCCAAAGAUCCUCGGGGUGGAUUACAUUAGUUCAACAAAAGACAGCCCCAUCCCUGCAAGCUUGAACAUUAAAAGAGAGAAAGCAAAAGAAGGCAUUUAAAGAGAGAAGCUCUCCAAAUGGAACUAGCAACAGAGUCAGGAGUAAUAACGUCUCUGGUCAGUCUCAUAAUCUUUAGUUUUUUAAGGGGAUUUGGGAAACUGCUGGAUCUGCAAUGAAUAUGUUGAACAGUUGGGGCCAAGAACGGAGAAGGGACCCCGACACACUGGGCAAUGUUGCUUUGUUAUGGUUUUAAUGUCCUUCCAAAUCCACUUGUGGGUUUUACAGUAUCUGCAAAACAGAUUUGCAUUUUACGUGAGCUGCUCACCACAACCUCAGAGUCAUUUAGUAGCGCUUGCAUUUCCACCCUAGUGGCAGCCCAAGGCUGCUCAUCGUGCCUGGGUGGGAUGUGAAAUGCCCACUGACUGGAAAGUGCUUCACUCUGCAUUGUGGGAUUUAUUAUGAUUUAUUCCCAAGGAGUCUCCUUUGAUUGGGGCAACCCUGGCUUAAUUCCCAGCAUGUGCCCUGGAUCGAGCCAAGGCAGAAGAGUAGAGAGGAGCAUGUUAUUGUCUUUGUAGUCCCACCUUCAUUAUGGCACGACCUCUGAUCUCAUGGACAGCGGAGCUGACAUCUCUGCUUCCAGGACUGAGGGGAUAUCUUUCUAGAAACUGGCUCCUCAUACCUCCACAAAAGAGGAGUUUCUGCCACAGACACACCCGAAUCUUUCACCAAGUGGAGGGCACUCCCUCUCUUUCCUUGUUGAACCGGUACUAUGGAAACGGCAUAGUUCUCCUCUCAGAAGGCAACUUGGCACACUCAGAAGAGCGCUGCUGUUUGGCUGCAGAAGCCCCCAAGGUGCCCCUCUGCCAGGGAGCUUUCUCAGACAAGCAGCCUGGGGUCUGCAGUCCAGGAGAGAUGGUCUCAGGUACGGUGGCAGUGGCACCCCUUGCCAAGAAUGUGGUGGUCUUUCGCAAUGGGGACCCCUUUUUCCUGGGCCGGAAAUUUGUUGUGAGCCAACGCCGGUUCCUGACUUUUGACGCCUUUUUGAAUGAGGUGACCAGCACUAUCCAAGCCCCCGUGGCCAUUAGGAGCAUCUACACACCUCGAGAGGGUCAUCGCAUUGCGGAGCUGAGUGAGCUGCAGAACGGGUGCCGAUACGUGGCUGCAGGUUUUGAGCGGUUCAAAAGACUUGACUAUGCAAAUCCUGGAAUGAAGCAACUGAACAAGCACCAGGAAAAAAAUGGAGCCCAGAAUUAUCCAGGUAUUCCUCUGAAGAUGAUGGCUACUGUAAGAUGGAAGCGGCAAACAAACCUUCCUUGUGUUAUCUACGUUUUCCGCAACGGAGACCUGCUGAGCCCCCCCUUCCGAAUGGUCCUGGCCAGGAGCGCCCUGCAGGAAUGGGGCAUCAUCCUCGGCCACUUGUCAGAAAAGGCAAACCUGUGCACUGGAGCAGUGAAGAAGCUCUGCAAGCUGAACGGCGAUCUCAUCUCCCGGGGGGAGGAGCUGGUGAAUGGCGAAUAUUAUGUGGCUGUGGGUCUGGAGAAGUACAAAGAUUUGCCUUACUUUGAAUUACUGGUGCCUCCCAAAAUCCCUCAUCAUCCCUUUCGGAACUUUCCUUCUAACAGAAGUAGGAGCUACAAUCGGGGGAUGGUCUGUGAAGACGGAGCCAGCGACUCGGCACUCCUCAAGCCAGCGCAACAGCUGAAACUUUGGCGGGUGCAUUCCACAGGGAUUGUGCCUGCGAGAGACCCUCCAAGUCGCUCUGAGCCCAAGCCAGCCAAGAAAUAUCCUCACCAAGACAAAGGGACAUCUGUCUUCCACGCCAAGCCAAGCCAGGUUGGACAAGUGAACCAGGACCCUGGCAACUAUUCUACCCAAGAAGAUGAAAGUAUUUAUAAAAGGAGAGGGGCAAGGCAGGAGAUGAUGGAUGCGCAGGAAAUUGGAGAAGAUGAAGACACACAGGUGGAAUUGCCUGUAGAUCAGAAAGCUGCAGAGAUUGUUGAAGAGGAAGUUAUAUAUCAAAGACCAAAAGAAGGCCAUCCAAGAAGCGCUUGUAAGUGAGAUAGAAGCUUCGUUUGCAGCCACUGAUGGGAAGCUCUCCUGGAUCAAAGAAGUCACUAAUGAAACAGGCCCAGCAAGGUUUGCCAGAGGGAAUGUCUUUAACCAAAUGUGUGGUAGUUUUGUGCAAUUUUUGUCUAUGGAAUUUGUUCUUACAAUAAAUGUAGA